GGUGUAAGCAAAUAAUUAUACAUAUACUAUAAAAAAUAUCUCAAAUCCACAAAAAAUUGUAUUAACGAAGUCGCUGUUGAAAUUCAAAUAUAUGUCUUUAUUUCUAUAUAGAUUACUUAUUUAACAAAAAUUUUCACUUUUAAUUGAACACAUUUUAAUUUUUAUCAAUAUUUUAUUUUCAUAGAUGUUCAUGCUGUUCAAACACGUCAACAAGCAAAAGCCGUACAAGAUUCGUCAAUCAUUUCUUCUUCAGCAUCUAAACGCUCUAAUCCUGUUGAUAAAUUUGAAUUACUGACACUCAAUAAUCAAUUAAAUUCAUCUCAAGGUCAUGUAGCAUCUACAAUGCACGACAGACAUUCCCCAUUCAACAAUGAAUCGAUUGUACCUAAAGGUGUCACAACAGCUUCAACACAUGACAAACAGCUAUCGAUCGAUAUUUUUGGGCUUAGUGUAUCACCUACUGACAAUUUACCUGUAACAUGCACCACAAAUCCACCAACUAUGCGACUUUCUAUUUCUGAUAAUUCACUCAAUGUAAGUUCAAUGAAUGUGCAUUUUGAUUGUAGAAAUUUUUUCGUGUGUAUCUAUCUUCAGAGUGAUGCAGAAGAUGACUCACAAUGGUUGAUUACGCUACAAAACGAACAGAAGGCAAAAAUACAAGAGUGGGAUAAACAAAUGAAGCAAGAGUGGCAAAAAAUAUUUGACAAGUUUCAACAAGAAUGGACUGAACAGGUACUGAAAGAGCGAAAUAAAUUGAUCGAACAAUUGGACGCAGAAUUAAAUGAAGAAAAGCGUAAUGGCUUAGUCAAAAAACAAGGGUAAGUGCCUUUUUUAGCACUAACAUAUGCUCACUGUCUUUAUUGUAGAAAAAAAUCGUCAACGAAUAAUCGGAAAAACCAAACAAAACGAAUCAAUAAACGACAUUUGUUUUUGUGAAUAACUUUUUCCUUGUGUAAUUUUUCUCUGUUUAUAUCGAGUACAUUCCACGUAGGUGAAGUUAGCACCAGAUUCGAGUAAAUCCCGCCAAGAUUCGCCCAAGAACAUGUUCCAACUGUCCCAAGGUGUGUUCCAAGUACAACUCGAUGAGCUCUAUCGAAUGGUGUAUUCCAAUUCCCGAUAGCUAAAACACCGUCCACGAAAAUCAGAAAAUACUAGAUUUUCACCAUAGGUGAUUUUGCAUCCAUCUACUAAAACCCGCCAAGAUUCGCUCAGGAGCAUGUUCCAAGUGUUCCAUUUGUGUUCCGAGUACAACUUGUCGCGCUCUAUCGAAUGGCGUGUUCAGAUUUUCCAUAACUCAAACUGAGUCUGAGAAAAUUUGAUAAUACUAGAGUAUCAGCACAAAAAUCGUGGAUUUUAUGCAGUAAAACCCGCCAAGAUUCGCUCAGGAGCAUGUUCCAAGUGUUCCAUUCGUCUUCCAACUACAACUUGACGCGCUCUAUCGAAUGGCGCGUUCAGGUUUUCGAUAACUCAAACUGAGUCUGAGAAAAUUAAAAAAUACUAGUGUAUCACCAGAAAAAUCCUGGAUUUUAUGCAGUAAAACCCGCCAAGAUUCGCCCAGGAACAUGUUGCACACGUUCCACUGGUGUUCCGAGUACAACUCGAUGAGCUCUAUCGAAUGGUAUAUUCCGAUUCCCGAUAGCUCAAACCAAAUCCAAGAAAAUCAGAAAAUAUUAGAUUUUCACCAUAGGUCAUUUUGCAUCCAUCUACUAAAACCCGCCAAGAUUCGCUCAGGAGCAUGUUCCAAGUGUUCCACUCGUGUUCCGAGUACAACUUGACGCGGUCUAUCCAAUGGCGUUUUCAUAUUUUCCAUAACUCAAACUGAGUCUGAGAAAAUUUGAUAAUACUAGUGUAUCACCACAAAAAUCCUGGAUUUUAUGCAGUAAAACUCGCCAAGAUUCGGUCAGGAGCAUGUUCCAAGCGUUCCAUUCGUGUUCCGAGUACAACUUGACGCGGUCUAUCGAAUGGCGUGUUCAGAUUUUUCAUAACUCAAACUGAGUCUGAGAAAAUUUGAUAAUACUAGAGUAUCA